AUUACGAACAACUACUUUGAUUACAUCUCUAUUAAAAAACUUAUUGAUUCUAUCAAAACACCUAUUUUCAUUAUAAAUAUUGUUGAUAAGAGUAUGAAUUUGAUGAUAGAUGCUUUCUUUAUUGUCACAGAGAUCACAAUGCUUUUUAUACUCAAGCUGGUUAUUGAUAUCGCAUACCCAAUCACAGAUCUUAAGAAUAAAUUCGUAGUAGUAUUAG